UAGGUUACAGCUAAUUCACCGCCAAUGUCUAUAUAUAGAGUGGGGAACUCAUGAUCUCUCCCCCUCUAAAAACUUCGUUCCUCUGGCAUAAAUUCUCACUUCCUGCAGUUUGGCUUCAAAUUCUUGGAAGCUCCCCUAUCAUGGGCACACUUCAAAAGCUACUCUUCUCCUCCUCCUUCUUCUCUCUCCUCUUCCUUCUCUCAGUGCAUGGAGGCCACCACCAUAGACACAGCCAUCACUUCAAUUUCAGGCCAAACAAGCUCUUUGUUUUUGGAGACUCAUAUGCAGAUACAGGCAAUACGCCGAAAUCCUUAGCCAGCUCAUGGAAAAUCCCUUAUGGAAUCACCUUCCCUGGAAAACCCGCUGGACGUUUCUCCGACGGCCGUGUCUUGACUGAUUAUCUUGCCAGGUUUAUUGGGGUGAAGUCUCCAAUCCCAUACAGAUUGAGAAAUUUUGCAGUCAAUAACUUGAAAUAUGGAAUGAAUUUCGCAUAUGGAGGGACAGGAGUGUUUGAUACAUUGUUUCCAGGGCCAAACAUGACCACCCAGAUCGAUUUCUUUCGGCAACUGAUCAACGACAAAGUCUACAACACCACAGACCUACUGUCCUCUGUGGCCCUUGUCACUCUUUCAGGCAAUGACUACUCUACUUACAUAGCCAGAACUGGCUCUACUCAGGCUUUGCAAGGCUUCAUUACAAAAGUGGUGAAUAAGUAUACAGUGGACCUGAAACGCAUUAAAGGACUGGGAGUGAAGAAAAUAGCAGUGUGUGGCUUACAACCCUUAGGGUGUCUCCCUAGCAGCACCUUUGCCUCCUCCUUCCAACGAUGCAAUGGAGCUGAUAACAAGGGCGUCAGCUUCCACAACCUCUUGUUGAAGCAAAAAGUCGCUAAGUUGAACAAGCAGACAAAGGAUUCUUCUUUUCUCAUUCUUGAUCUUUAUUCAGCUUUCAUGACCAUUUUAAAGAACAAAGGAAAACAUCCAGGAGAUUCAAAGUUUGAGAAUCCAUUGAAGCCAUGUUGCAUUGGAGUAAGCACUGAAUAUUCCUGUGGUAAUGUAGAUGAAAAUGGGGCAAAGAAGUAUACAGUUUGCGAUAACCCUGAAGCAGCAUUCUUCUGGGACCGAGUGCACCCCACACAACAGGGAUGGAGAUCUGUGUAUCGAGCUUUGCAAGCCACUCUUAAAAAACUUUAAUUAAUUAUAUGGAGCACACAAUAAUUUGCUGUAUCAACAAGUUACACAAA